AUGAUAAAAAUUCAACUGUCAAGCACAGAGAACCAUGUACUUUUGUUAACAAUGCAUAGUUCCCAUAGUUGCUGCAGCACUCAUGCACUGUUGCCAUUUCAAAAUUUUAAAUGACAUAAAAGGAGAUAUCUAUGCGUUUGUCAAUUGACAUUUAUUCAAACAUAUUUGCAGUGUGUUUAAUUGAUAUUGUGAUUCUUAUUGAUUUUGUAGAAGACGCUAUGUGGAGAUAUGAAGAUGAAAACUUAAUUUAUUUACAAUGAAGCCUAUUGCGUAUGGCUUUUAAAAAGCGCACAAUUAAAAUUUCUAGUCAUUAUUAUUUAUAAUGCCAAAGUGCAGUUUUAAGGAUUGCAGAAACGUAACAUCAAAAACAUUAAAGAAGGAUGGAAUAUCUUACUUUCGUUUUCCCCGUGACCCUAUACAAUGUGGAAAAUGGUUGACGGUGGUAGCCAACCAAAGAGGAGAGCCAACUUACAAAAUAAACAAAUCAAGUGUAGUAUGCUCCGAACACUUUGCUGAUAAGGAUAUGUACGAAACACACACGGGGAUAAAACGGCUUCACAAGUCUGCUUGCCCUCGUAAGCAUGUGAAUGAAGAUGAAAAGCCAAAGAAGAGUUUUGUUGAAAGGGUUGCCAUUAAAAGUUCUAGUGAAUCAGAAUCGUCGGAGAAUGAAGCAGUGCCUCCUUGUCCAAAGAUUUUAAUUGUAGAUGACUAUACACAGAUAGCAAGUGUUGAUGAAGCAUCCUCAGCAUCAUCAGAAUCGCCUGGUGACCCGCACUUGCACCUCCUUAAGCUAGAACGGAUUAAAUUACGAAAAAAGAUGGAGGCAAAAGACAAAGAAAUUGAAAAUAUCAGAAGAAGAAAUCAAAAGCUUCUCAAGAAAACUACGUCCCUGAAAACAGCACUAAAGUUGUUGAAACGACGGCUGUAUUUUAUCAAAAGAAAUAUAGCUAGGGCGGCCGGAAAGUAAAAAAAAAUAUUAUUUUUUUUCCUUUGUACUU